CCAUCAACGUCGUCACGUCGACCACAGGGCCACGCUACGCCUACACGUACCGCACGUAGCGUAGCUGCUAGAGAGCUAGCUAGCUAGCACAUUUCAUUGAUUGUCCUGCUGAUCCGUUCGGCAUGGAGAUCGCCAGGAGGAGGAGGUCGCUGUGCUCGAGCCGUCGCCGGCGGUCGGCGGCGGUGGGGCGGAAGGUGCGGGAGCUGCGGCGGCUGGUCCCCGGGGCGGCGGUUAUGCCCACCGACCGGCUGCUCGUCCGCACGGCCGACUACAUCGCGCAGCUCCGGGUCAGGGUGGAGCUCCUCAGGGCGCUCUCGGAGCUCUGCGAAGGGCAUGGCCAUGGCGACUCCCCUAGCUAGUUGGCAACCUCUGCUCUUGUGGUAUGACGUAUAUAUACGUGCAUAUAUCGCACGUAUAGACGGAUGGUAUAUAUUGAACGAUUAUGGGUUGAUCAAGUAGCGUAUAAUUGAGUACCUAGGUGCGAAUAUACAUACAUCGUAUGUGUUCUAGAAGUAUACAGGGGUUUUGUUUUUCUGUCCAGUAUUUCUUGUAAUUUUCGCGGCCGAUUCAUAUUCUUUUUGUAUUCAUGUACGUGUGAUCGUCGAUCAAUCUUGCGGUGUUAUGAUAAAAAUUCUGAAAAAAAAAGUUCUGUCGCACCUAUACAAUCCCCUUAUCACCCCCCUUUGCGGCAAAGAAAGAAUCAAAGAAAUACAUGGGUAUGCGCAGUAUGCAUUGUUAACUGGAAA